UCCUGGGGGGGAGGGACGGGCAGGAUCCGGGAAAGGGCAGCAGCUCGCGGGUGCCGCGGUUGCCUGAUGACCACAAACAGGGCGGCACCGUCUGUGCCAGCGGCGCGGCCUCAGUUGGCUGAGAACGCGGUCCUGGCUGGUUGUGCGCAGCCUGGGCUCCUGCAGGCGGCUUCGCUGGGCGAUUUGCCGAGUGAAUUGUUCGCGGAGCGUUGGUCUCUGCAAGCGAGUCCUGUGAAUUUGCGGAGCAUUGGUCUCUGCAGAGGAUUCCUAAACGUGCAGGACAUUGUUCUCUGCUAGGGAGUCCUCAAUUCGCACAGCAUUGGCCUCUUAGGAAGGUUCCUCCACGUGCAGAGCUUUGGCCUCUGCGAAAGGUUCCUGAAUUUCCUUUGAAGUUUUGUUGAGGCAUUGCCACUCAUCUGGGAGACCCUCCCUUCAAAAUGACUUCUGGAGUCCCAGAGAAGAGCUCGACACCUCAUCUUUUGUCCAGGAAAGACUGACAUCUUUUACUCUGCUUCCCCCUAAGUUCCUGUGGGAGAAGUUUCUCAGCAGGAAGAAGAAGGCCAGCACGGGGGGGAGUUUUCUGCCCAGAAUUGGCCCAUGUGUAGACCCGAGGGGGACUAGUCCAAAGCUGCCGUCAGAUCCCCGAAAGCAGAACUUGUUUCAGAUUUCCCCACCAGAGGUGGUAUUUCAGAACUUUGACACUCGUGGUGUCUCUGAAAUGGUGCUGUCUCUCACCAAUGUGUACAAGUUUCCUCAGGUGGUGAAGGUCUCCAUGGGGAGCUCCCCUUACUUCCAGCUCACGUGCUCCAGUGAUGUGUUCCGUGUCGUGCCGCCGGGCGCGUCUGCCCCUGUGCGCAUCCACUUCAGCCCCGCCGAGAACAAGGAUUAUUCCCAUGAGCUCAUCUGUGUCACUGAAAGGGAAAGGACAGUUGUGCCAAUUCGGGCCAUUGGUGCCCGAGCUAUCCUGGACUUCCCUGCCCAGCUGGACUUCUCCAAGUGUCCGGUGAAGUGCAGCAUCCAGAAGACUCUGCUGGUCUGCAAUGUCGGUACCCAGGCAGCUCGUUACCAGCUGAGCACCCAGAGUUCUUUCUCUGUGGUGCCGGCCAUAGGAAUUCUGGACGCUGGUGACACCAUGCAGGUGACAGUGGGAUUUCACCCGCUGACCACCGGUGACCACUGUGGGUCCCUGGCAGUGUGCUGCAGCACAGGUGAAGAAAAUAUCCACACAAACCUCCGCGGAGAUGCUGUAGAAGUCAAUGCUGGGUUGAGCACAAAUUCCGUGGAGCUUGAGAAGACUUUCAUCACCAUGUCAAGCCACAAAACAAUGUUCAUUGAAAACAGGAGUAACAUCACAGCCCACUUCCAGUGGAAGGCUUUUCCUACUGAGGAAGGAGAGAUUGAAGAGAAGAGGAGGUUGGUGUGAAAGAUGCAUUUCAGUGCGAUCCAUGGCCCAAGACUGAAACUGAUGCGUGGCCU